CUUUUAUUGAUCACCCCGUAAAGAAUUUGCCUACGCCCAGCCGCACACAUCUUUUCCUGCCCCUGCCCUCUUUCCUCGCCGACCUGCUCCCAAACGACCGGCGCCGGCGAUCACUUGCGCCUCACUCCCUCGUCCGCCAUCGCCUCCGUCGGUAACCCUUGGUCGGUUUCCCCUAAACCCUAAAACCUAAGGUUUAUUUUGUCGAUCGGUAAAUCUAUUUUCUUGGCUACUUCAGUGGUCUAAAUGGUUGUUCUCGGGGAUACGGCGGCAACUGGUUUCUCGCGCCUCCAUGCUUUCUGCGCUAGUACGGGAAGGGAAAGGUCUGGUCUUUUCAGGCAUAAGCACUGCCAACCUAGUAGGUGCCACCUUAUUCGAGGUGGCUUGAAUCGUUGGCAUGGGCAUGGAUUGUCAGUUGGAAGAGUUUUGACGCCAAAGUUCCCGCUAUUGUUGAGUCGAAGAGAUGCUGUUUCGAAAGGCCCACAGGGUUCAUUAGUAGAGGAAUCUGAUGCACUUGGAGUGUACCCAGAAAUCAUACAUUUCUUCCGUCGUCCACUGCUUCAUGACAGUGCUAUUGCAGAGCUGCUGAGGCAGGUCCAAGUAAAGGUUUCAGGUGACAUUGUUGAGAUAAAAACUGAAAUUUGUUUCAACAUAGGUCUUGAUGGUGUGCUGUCAGCGGAGAAACUCGGAACGCUUAAGUGGCUUCUGCAGGAGACAUUUGAGCCUGAGAAUUUUCGGGCAGAGAGCUUUCUUGAAACAGAAGUUGCCAUAGAUGCUGCUACCAUAAUUGUUGAAGUUGGACCUCGCAUGUCCUUUACUACAGCAUGGUCAACUAAUGCUGUAUCAAUUUGUCAAGCAUGUUCCUUAACAGAAGUGACUCGUAUGGAACGGUCAAGAAGAUAUCUUUUGUAUAUUAGGAAAGGAAGCAAGCCACUGGAGGAGCGCCAAAUCAGAGAGUUUGCAUCAAUUGUUCAUGAUAGGAUGACAGAAUGUGUUUAUCCAGUAAAGCUUACUACAUUUCACACUAGUGCUGCUCCUGAUCCGGUUACAGUGAUUCCUGUCAUCGAGAGGGGAAGACAAGCAUUGGAAGAGAUUAAUCUAAAGAUGGGUCUUGCUUUUGAUGAACAAGAUAUUCAAUACUACACCAGGCUCUUUAGAGAUGACAUUAAGAGGAAUCCUACAUCAGUUGAACUAUUUGAUAUUGCACAGUCAAACAGCGAGCAUAGCAGACACUGGUUCUUCAAUGGGAAACUCAUUAUAGAUGGUGAGACAAUGGGCAAAACACUUAUGCAAAUAGUGAAGGGCACUUUAAAGGCAAACCCAAAUAAUUCUGUGAUUGGAUUCAAGGACAACUCAAGUGCCAUCAAGGGGUUCACAGUAUCCCAGUUGCGUCCAGCAUCACCUGGAGUGACAUCUUCCCUUCACAAUAUGAUCCGUGAACUAGAUGUAUUAUUUACUGCAGAGACACAUAAUUUUCCUUGUGCUGUAGCUCCCUACCCUGGAGCAGAAACAGGAGCUGGAGGCCGCAUAAGAGACACACAUGCUACUGGACGGGGAUCUUUUGUUGUAGCUUCGACAGCAGGCUAUUGUGUUGGUAAUCUUCAUAUUGAGGGGGCCUAUGCACCAUGGGAAGACCGAUCUUUCACAUAUCCUUCAAAUUUAGCAUCUCCUUUACAAAUUCUAGUUUCUGCAAGUGACGGAGCAUCUGACUAUGGCAACAAAUUUGGAGAGCCUCUAAUUCAAGGUUACACAAGAACAUUUGGUAUGAGACUUCCAAAUGGCGAACGACGUGAAUGGCUAAAACCUAUAAUGUUUAGUGGAGGUAUUGGACAAAUUGACCAUGCACAUGUAUCAAAGGGAGAGCCAGAAGUUGGAAUGCUCGUUGUCAAGAUUGGAGGUCCAGCUUAUCGAAUUGGAAUGGGAGGUGGUGCUGCUUCAAGCAUGGUCAGUGGGCAAAAUGAUGCGGAACUAGAUUUUAAUGCAGUGCAGCGAGGAGAUGCUGAGAUGGCUCAGAAACUAUAUCGUGUAGUCCGUGCUUGUGUUGAAAUGGGGGAUAAAAAUCCUAUUGUUAGCAUCCAUGAUCAAGGGGCCGGGGGAAAUUGCAAUGUUGUAAAAGAAAUUAUCUAUCCUGAAGGAGCUGAAAUUGAUAUCCGUUCUAUAGUUGUUGGUGAUCAUACCAUGUCAGUUCUAGAGAUUUGGGGUGCAGAAUACCAAGAACAGGAUGCUUUGUUAGUUAAAUCAGAGAGCCGAAGUUUGUUGCAGUCUAUAUGUGAUAGGGAAAGAGUUUCUAUGGCUGUUAUUGGUACGAUCAAUGGUAGUGGGCGAAUUGUGUUAGUAGAUAGCUUGGCUAUUGACCAUUGCAAAACAAAUGGGCUUCCUCCACCACCACCGGUUGAGAAUCUUGAACUUGAAAAGGUGCUUGGAGAUAUGCCACAAAAAAUCUUUGAGUUCAAACGAGUACCUACAAUGGUGGAGCCGUUAGAUAUUGCACCCGCCACUACAUUAAUGGACUGUUUGAAGAGGGUCUUGAAACUACCUUCAGUUUGUUCUAAACGUUUCUUAACAACAAAAGUUGACAGGUGUGUAACAGGACUUGUAGCACAACAACAGACUGUGGGUCCCCUCCAGCUACCACUUUCUGAUGUUGCUGUUAUCGCCCAGUCUUAUACAGAUUUGAGUGGUGGUGCUUGUGCUAUAGGAGAGCAACCACUGAAAGGUUUGUUGAAUCCAAAAGCUAUGGCAAGAUUGACUGUUGGUGAAGCAUUGACCAAUUUAGUUUGGGCAAAGGUUACAUCUCUUGGAGAUGUAAAGGCCAGUGGUAAUUGGAUGUAUGCCGCCAAACUUGAUGGAGAAGGAGCAGCCAUGUAUGAUGCAGCUAUGUCUCUCUCAGAAUCCAUGAUACAACUGGGUAUAGCCAUCGAUGGAGGAAAGGAUAGUCUUUCUAUGGCAGCAAAUGCAGCUGGUGAGGUUGUCAAGGCUCCUGGUAACCUGGUUAUUAGCACAUAUGUAACUUGCCCUGAUAUAACGAAGACUGUAACUCCUGACCUAAAAUUUGGAGAUAAUGGUAUUCUUUUACACAUUGAUUUAGCGAAAGGACAUCGGCGACUGGGUGGUUCUGCACUUGCACAAGCAUUUGACCAAGUUGGCGAUGAGUGCCCUGAUCUUGAUGAUGUACUAUACCUGAAAAAGGUGUUUGAGGCUGUUCAGGAACUCCUGAGUGAGCAAUUAAUUUCUGCUGGUCAUGACAUUAGUGAUGGUGGGAUUAUUGUUUGUAUUCUUGAGAUGGCAUUUGCUGGUAAUUGUGGUGUGCAAUUGAACUUGACUUCCAAGGGCCAUGGCCUUCUUCAAGUGUUAUUUGCUGAAGAGCUCGGUCUUGUUCUUGAGGUCAAUUCAGUAAAUGCUGACAAGGUUAUGCAAAAACUCAAAGCGGUUGGAGUUUCUGGUGAGAUUAUUGGAAAUGUUACUACUACGCCAACUGUAGAAUUGUCUGUCGAUGGAAUCAAACUACUGAAAGAAGAAACAACUUUCCUUAGGGACUUGUGGGAGGAGACAAGUUUUCAACUCGAAGGAUUGCAAAGGCUAGCUUCUUGCGUUGAAUUGGAGAAGGAAGGUCUAAAGCAUAGACAUGCACCUUUGUGGUCAUUGUCGUUCACUCCAAAGUUCACUGAUGAAAAGCUGAUCCUUGCUACUUCAAAACCCAGAGUAGCUAUCAUUCGAGAGGAAGGUAGCAACGGUGAUAGAGAAAUGUCGGCAGCAUUCCAUGCUGCUGGAUUUGAACCUUGGGAUGUAACAAUGUCAGACCUUCUGCAUGGACAAGUCUCUCUGAACAAGUUUCGUGGUGUCGCAUUUGUUGGUGGCUUUAGUUAUGCUGAUGUACUUGAUUCAGCAAAAGGUUGGUCUGCAUCAAUUAGAUUUAACCAGCCUCUACUGCAACAAUUUCAAGAUUUUUACCACCGUCCAGACACGUUUAGCCUAGGUGUAUGCAAUGGGUGUCAGCUCAUGGCCCUUCUUGGAUGGGUGCCGGGCGCUGAUGUGGGAGGAUCCCUUGGUUAUGGUGGAGACAUAUCGCAACCAAGGUUCAUUCACAAUGAAUCCGGCCGCUUUGAAUGUCGCUUUACAAGUGUCCGGAUUGGAAAGUCCCCCGCCAUGAUGUUUGAAGGUAUGGAGGGUAGCACAUUGGGUGUCUGGGCAGCUCAUGGUGAGGGAAGAGCAUACUUCCCUGAUGACGGUGUUCUAGAUCACGUUCUGAAGUCUGACCUGGCUCCUCUACGUUAUUGCGAUGACGACGGCAGCAUAUCAGAGGCUUAUCCUUUCAAUCCAAAUGGAUCUCCACUCGGAAUUGCUGCGAUUUGUUCUCCUGACGGAAGGCACCUUGCCAUGAUGCCGCAUCCUGAAAGGUGCUUUAUGAUGUGGCAGUUCCCAUGGUAUCCGAAGGAAUGGGAUGUCGACAAGAGAGGGCCUAGUCCAUGGCUACAGAUGUUUCAGAAUGCUCGCGAAUGGUGCUCUUGAAAGAGGGCUUGAGCAGAGAUCUCUUCUGUGAGGAUGAUAAUGAGAUAAUGAUAGAGCUUCAUAAUUUAUUGAGAUGCCUCUCUUUAUCUCAGUUUAAUUCGGAUGAUAUAUUUUGAGUACAAUUGUUCGAUGAGACUUCAGCCUUUUCAUGGAACUCUUUCUUCUUAAACUUUCUUUCUCUUGCAAAAAAAAUAAAUAAAUGAUAUGAAAAUUGCAGCUUGAUUGCUGCUGUUGCACUGUCCCACCUAAUUUGAGGUUUGAACCUCAAAUUCUUAACUUGUAGCUAGUUGAGUUGAUCGUUUACUUUUCUGUGUAAUCCUGUGUCUGCAAUUGACCUGUGACACAAAACAGGUUUGAAAUUAAUAAUUUUGGAUGUAAUGUAAAUCCUCA